AUCAAUCCAUUCCCUUAACAAAAAACUGCACGAGUGAAUAGUUGCAGCAUUUAAAUAAUCUGCCAACAGCUGUUACACUAAUGGAGAGACGAUUUCGUAGUCAACUUAACACAAGCAGUUAUUUCAUCGUAAAAACGGACUCGCAGGCAACAAAAGUUAUGAAAAGUUAGAUUAAUUUGGAAAUAAAAAAAUAUGAAAAUAACAACAAAAUAUCUACAUUGAGUUCGUAAAAUGUAAACAGUUUCAACAUGGCUUAGCGCAAUAAAGGAUUGAAGCUGAAUGCUCCUCAACUCAUGUCAAUCACGCAGGCAACACAACGCAGCCGAGAUAUUUGCAUAGUGCUACUCCACGCAUCCAUACACCCCCACAAGCGACGAAUUUCCGCGAACAACCAAUCAGCGCUGACAAAGCAACAAAGUAAAGUUAAAUUAAAGCACGCGCCUAAAUGUAUGCAACGCAACGUGCAACGCAACUUGCUAAAACGAUAACAAUGGCAUGCAGCGUACAGAAGCAACCCACUCAAGCGCAACACACAACAUCCGCAACAGCAACAGCAGCCGCAUUGCCACCCACAAUGGCUGUCACGGCAAUGGCAACGGCUAACAAUAACAACAACAAUAGCAAUACCAAUAAUAUAGCUACCCAAAUGGGUGGCGGUGGCAGCAACAGCGGCAGCAAUAGCAGUAUGAGUGGCGGCGGUGUUGGCGGUGUUGGCAUACUAGCCGCAGCUAUCAGUGACGCGACCAGCAAACCGCUAACACCGAAACCACGGGGCUCAUUACCGAAUGACGCAUAUCAACCGCCACAGGUGGAAUUUCACUGGCCCGCCAUACCGGUGAGCACGCACACCAGCAAUCUGCGUCUGAAUAUGAUGAAUCAGAAUCCGAAGGACCUGCACACAGCGCGACUCAUGAUCGAGGAGUUGCGCACGAAGGUGCGCUAUCAAGCGGAGCACAUAAUGAAAUGGCGGAAGGCAUAUGCGCUACAGAUACAACAACACUACCGCUACCAGAAGGAGAAGUCAGAUCAGAUGAAUACGCUGACCUCACAACUUCUCCUGCUGGAGUCGCGUUUGAAGCGUAAACAGAAGCAGAUUGCGAGCCUACUCAGCCACCGCGAAAUCACCAUACAACGGCAGCAGAAGAUUAUCGAUACGCUGUCGAAUCGUUUGUCCGAUCAUGGCUUGGAUGCUAUCGAAGCGAACUUCACCACGGAGCUGGAUUCACUUAACGACUCCGACUCGGCGGUGGUGUUGGAAGAAAUCGACUCGGAUAGUAGUAAUAUGCCAUUUGGCGCAAGACGUCGCAGCAGCGGCGGUGGCUCAGGCGGCGGUAUGGGCGCCAAUGCCGCACAGUGUGGCAGUGAUGGUAUUACCAUAGUACGCUCCAUCUCCGAUGCCAUCGAGACGAAUUUGAACAAGUACAGUGGUGUGCGGCGCAACAAUUGCUUUCUACGGCGACCGGAAAUAUUGGAGACUGUCUACUCGGUGGAGGAGGAUCCUGAGCCGACCUCGGAUGUGGCAGAGAAACGUGAUAAAUUCCGCAAUCGUUCGGAGAAGGCGCUCAGUUCGAGCUCUACGGAGGGACAAAUAGAUAGCAAUUCAUCGCAUGCGCCUCCACAUGCUUCAACGCAUGCCACAUUACAUCAAAAUAACGGCAUUGAAGUGGAGCGUAACAAAGAGAACAUACGCAUCACACCCCCAUCGCCGCAACGUCAACUCAGUAUUUCCAAACCCCUAGAGUCACCGACGAAAGACGGCUACACGGCGUACAGUGUCAUGGUGCCGCAGCUACGCACUACAGCUGCCACACCGACCACCGAGAAGGUCAACGCUUUGGCGGGCGCUGAUGUCGAUGGCAGUUUGCCUGGCGUUAAAUCGCAGGUAACGAACUACAAUCGCGUCAUGUCCAACCAUCGCUCGGUGACCAAACCCAAAGAUGUCAAAUAUAAACGUAUCAACAAAGCGAAGUCGAAGAGUCUGGAAGAGUUGCGCGGUCGUCUCAAAAAUCUUGUAGAACGCGGCGGCAGCGCGGGCAACAGCUUGGAUGCACCGGGUACUGGUGGUGUUGGCGGCGUGCCCUACACACACGGUGUUAUGCCGCAGACCGCACAGUCGUACGCGUGACAAUGGCCAUCAUAUGGUGGCUCCACCGCUACGCUCGCUGUUAUUGCAGCUACGGCGCCCAUUGCCUCCUUCGAUGCCGACAUGGAUGACUAUGCAGUGGAGGAAGAGUGUGACUGUAUGAAAAUGGUGACGCCAAAUGUACAGCAUACCGCAGUGUCUGCUACUUGCGAUCGCCUCGAUGAAGCGUGUGAUUGUGCAGAAAUGGUGGCGCAACCACAGCGGUCAAGCACGGAGCCUACUAACGCCGCCGUGGCGGAGGCCGCAGAGAGAGACUGCAAACUGAGCACUUCCGAAGAGCAGCUGCGCUCACAACCCUUCUCACCGCUCAAGCAUUGCAUACCCAAACGUUCGUUGACCUUGCCUCGCAUACUCGUGCCGCAAAGCGCAUUCGGUUCAAGCGGCGGUGGUGCGCCUGGCUCGGGACGCAGUGGCGGCGGCCGUAGCGGUUUCUAGCAAAUAAAGAAAUUUUUCAUACGUAAUUGUGAUAAAAAGUGAACAAGCCGACCCACGCUCUCCUCCUCUCACUAUACUCAGUUCUCUA